AUAAGUACAUCUAGAUAAGAAUGUCAUGGACUUCUAAGUGAAUAAUUGAUCGCAAGUCAUGUCUAAAAAUAAGACAGUGCUAUUGUAUUACUACUUAUUUGUCAAUAAAGCGUCCACAUAUGCAAGAAAGUGUUCUAUUCAUGGGAAAACAGAUAUUUACCAAAACCAGUUUCUUGUUUACUUCCGGGUAAGUUACCUGUUCUCACUACCAGAUGGCACUCUCAGUGACGUCAGAAAUAACAAAAUGGCAGCAACGAGAAGACUAACCAAGGAGUUAGGUGACAUUCGAAAGGCGGCAAUGCCCUCUUUCCGAGACAUUAAAGUCGAUGAAUCCAAUAUUCUAAACUGGCAGGCACUUCUUACUCCAGAUCAGCCCCCAUACAAUAAAGGCGCAUUCCGUAUUGAGAUCAACUUCCCCGCAGAAUACCCCUUCAAGCCCCCAAAGAUCACAUUUAAAACAAAAAUAUACCAUCCAAAUAUUGAUGAGAAGGGUCAGGUCUGUCUGCCUAUUAUCAGCCCCGAAAACUGGAAGCCCGCUACUAAGACAGAUCAAGUUAUCCAGGCACUGGUUUCUCUGGUGAAUGAACCCGAACCAGAACAUCCUCUCAGGGGAGACAUAGCUGAGGAGUAUACAAAGAACAAAAAAUUAUAUUUAAAGAGUGCCGAGGACUAUACGAAAAAGUACAGUGAAAAAAGGCCAAGUGAUUAAUGAAAUGCAAUAAGUGAUUAAGAUCAUUGCAGUGAUGUGAUCAUUUGAUAAGUGAUUAUAAUAAUUUAGAAAAUGCAAAUGAUCAUUUUAUAAGUGAUUAUGAUCAUUUUUAAAUAAUUAUGAUCAUUUGAUAAGUGAUUGGUAUCAUUUUAGAAGUGAUUAUGAUCAAUUAUAAAUAAUUAUGAUCAUUAUUACAGUGAUUGGUAUCAUUUUAGAAGUGAUUAUGAU